AUGACAGAAAGUACGAAGAUCUGCAUAGAACUGAUAUUUGAUAAAAGUAUAAGUCAAAGUCAGGAAAUUAAAGUGAAGGAGUUUUGGAAGUUUAUGGCAGAAAUGAAGCCUCUUGAACCUUACAGAAAAUUAUCAGAUAAAAAAUUGACGAAGAAAGAAGAUCGAGAAUCUUUUAAAUGUGAAAGAAAGUGGCACGAUCAGUUGAAUGUCUUUAAAGAGCGCGGCUUAGACAAAGUAGCACUUGCAGCGGUUGAAAAGUCUAAACUUUGUUACUAUCAUGACAAUUACACGAAUCCGGAAUCUUCUAGCACAUUGGAAGAGUCAUACGAUGAGUUAUUAAAUGACAUGAAAGCUUUUGACAAAAAAUCAAAUAAUAAGAUAAAAACCGCAUUAACAUAA